AUGCCUCUCUCAGUCGCCCAACUCUGGUCCGCGCCAGAGAUUAAUCCUCUCAAUGGCAAAGCUCGCUCUAUUCCAAUCCUCAAUCCGAUCAACAAAUAUGGUAGAACCUUCUUCUUCAGUUGGAUCGGGUUCAUGGUCGCGUUCCUUUCCUGGUACGCUUUCCCACCACUUUUGACCCUUACGAUCAAGAAGGAUCUCAAGAUGAGUCAAAACCAAGUCGCAAACUCGAACAUCAUGUCUCUCACUGGUACCCUCGUUGUCCGUCUGAUUGCCGGUCCUCUUUGCGACAAGUUCGGUCCUCGUUAUGUUUUCGUUGGCUGCCUGCUUGCUGGUGCCAUCCCAACUGCUCUUGCAGGAACCGUUUCUACGCCUACUGGGUUGAUCGUUCUUCGAUUCUUCAUCGGUGUUUUGGGUGCUUCUUUCGUGCCUUGCCAGGUCUGGCUUACUGGUUUUUUUGACAAGAAUGUUGUCGGUACUGCAAAUGCCUUUGGUGGUGGGUGGGGUAACGCUGGUGGUGGAAUUACUUACUUCGUUAUGCCUGCUAUCUUCGACUCAUUGGUUAAGACUCAACACAUGACGGCUCACAAAGCAUGGAGAGUUGCAUUCAUUGUCCCUUUCAUCAUCAUCACCGCCGUGGCUUGUGGUAUCCUCUUCACCACUGAAGAUUGCCCAAGUGGAAAAUGGGCUGACCGCCAUCAACCCCUUGACAACAUCGCCGCCACCUCCGUCGAGUCCACUGAGAAAGAGGCCGCAGGCGAGAAAUCCGAGAAGGAUGCUGAAGCUGCUGACAAGGGACCAAGCGCCAUCGAUAGAGCUGAAGGAGAAGUCAUCGUAGCACCCACGUUCCAAGAAGCUCUCGGAGUCCUCUUUUCUCUCCAAACCCUUGCCCUCGCAGCUCCAUACGCAUGCUCAUUCGGGAGCGAACUAGCAAUCAACUCUAUAAUCGGCUCCUACUACUUGAAGAAUUUCCCCAAGCUCGGCCAAACCGGCUCCGGCCGCUGGGCCGCCAUGUUUGGCCUCAUGAACAUUGUCUUCCGCCCUCUCGGUGGCAUAAUCGGAGACACCCUCUACCGCCUCACCGGCUCCGUCUGGGCCAAGAAACUGAACAUCACGACCGUCGGCAUCAUUAUGGGAUGCUUCGAACUCGCGAUCGGUCUCACCGACCCCCACAAGGAAGCCCACAUGUUCGGCCUGGUCGCUGGUCUCGCCAUCUUCAUGGAUGCUUGCAACGGCGCGAACUUUUCCGUUGUGCCUCACGUACACCCUUUCGCUAAUGGAAUCUUGAGUGGCAUUGUAGGCGCGUCUGGAAAUUUUGGGGGUAUCAUCUUUGCGAUUAUCUUUAGAUAUAAUGGCGUGCACUAUGCGAAGACUAUCUGGAUUAUCGGGACGAUUUCCAUCUGUGUUAACUUGGCGAUUAGCUGGAUUAGACCGAUUCCAAAGAAACAGAUUGGUGGGCAGUAG